AUGACUAGUGCUGCUGCUUUGAAGACGUUUACACUUUCCAAUGGAAUCAAAAUCCCAUCCAUUGCUGCUGGGUUCGGCACUAAAUGGGCCAGUAGGCAUAGACCCGAACAGAAAGAAGACGAACUUGACCCUGGUGUGAUCCAAGGAGUCAAAGAUGCAAUUGCAGCUGGAAUCUAUCAUAUUGAUGGAGCUGAAGUUUAUGGCACAGAAGGAGAAAUUGGUGUGGCAAUUUCUGAGUCUGGUGUUAAAAGAGAGGAUCUUUAUAUCACCACUAAGAUCAUGAAGAAUGUGACCGACCCCAUUGCAGCUUUAAAGACGUCACUGACUAAACUGAAAACUGACUAUGUUGACUUGUACUUGAUCCAUGCACCCUUUUUUUUUGACAAUCUUGAAGAAGUCUGGAAGGGUCUUGAAACUCUUCAUAAAGAGGGAAAGGCAAAGUCAAUUGGAGUUUCUAAUUUCAAAGUGGAGCACCUCGAGAGAAUCUUGAAAGUGGCUGAGAUCAAGCCUGUUAUCAAUCAAAUUGAAUUCCAUCCUUAUCUACAAAACCAAUCACCAGGAAUUGUCGAGUUUUCUCAGAAACAUGGUGUGCUCAUUGAAGCAUACUCACCUCUUGGACCAAUUAAGGAAAAGGGUCCUUUAGAUCCCAUUCUUGAGGACUUGUCUAAGAAGUAUUCAAAGACCCCUGCCCAAAUUAUCAUCAGAUGGACAUUACAACGUAAUGUUCUUCCAGUUACUGCUUCUGCCAAGCCUGACAGACUGAAGGAAGCAAAUGAGGUAUUCGACUUUACCCUCACCGAAGAAGAGGUAUCAAAGAUCACUGAAGUGGGCAAUAGUCAUGAAAAGAGAUUUUUCUGGACUGAUGGCAAAUACUUUUAG